AUGAUCCAUCUGUGUUUGAAUUUCAAAUUACCUGAAGGUAAUUUAGAUGGGCCAUCCACUAUGGUGCAUACUUUACCUCAUGCUACUUGUUUACCAUAUCAAAUAACAAUUGACGACAUAAGAGAUUUGGGUGUGUAACCGUUUAAGAUUCUCAUUAGAUUCAAACCUACUGCUGAAUUGUUGUAUAAGUCCAAAUACAGAAUUAAAGUUUAGGAUGGCCCUAGUGUGGAUUUCAUUCUCAGAGGCACUGGCAAAGAUUUGAUCAAAAGAAAAGUAUGA